CACUACAUUAGCGAGAAGAAGAAAAGCUUCCAUGCAGGGCUGUAAAAAAGUAUGAAUCUCCACCCGUUAGCUGGACUUUAGCGUUAAAAUGCCUUUAAUUGUAAUGUGUGGUUACCCGUGCAGUGGCAAAACCCGACGAGCCCGUGAACUGAAAGAAUACUUCACACAAAAUACAGAAAGAAAGGUUCAUAUAGUCGGUGAUGAAGAUCAAGGAAUUGACAGGAACUCUGUAUAUGCAGAUUCACAGAAAGAGAAGAACCUGAGAGGAGCAUUGAGAGCUGAAGUGGAGAGGAAAGUCAAUAAAGACGACAUUGUGAUUCUUGAUUCCUCGAAUUAUAUUAAAGGUUACAGAUAUGAGCUGUUCUGUCUGAUCAAACAUACACAAACACCCCAUUGCUUGGUGUACUGUUUGACGUCAGCUGACGUGAGCUCAGAAUGGAAUAAAGGCAGAGAGGCUGAUUCUCAGUACACACAGGAAAUUCUGGAUGCGCUAAUAUUGAGAUUUGAAGCCCCUGAUUCGAGAAAUAGAUGGGAUAGUCCACUCUUUACUAUUCAGCAAGAGGACUCUCUUCCAUUUGAGGCCAUCUGCGAUGCGCUUUUUAAACGAAAAGCACCACCACCUAAUCAGUCCACGAAGAGUCAACCGCUCUCAUCCACAAACUUUCUGUACGAGUUGGACAAAGUUACUCAAGAUGUCCUAAUGGCUGUUCUUGAGUCACAGAAGACCAGCGUCCCUGGAGAUCUCAUUUCCAUUCCUGGAGCCACAGAAAAGAUUGAACUCACAAGAAGUCUUAACAUGGUGGAGUUGAGGAAACUCAGACGGCAGUUCAUCAGUUACACCAAGAUGCAUCCAACAGAGAACAUUGGACAGAUCGCCAAUAUGUUUGUGCAGUAUCUUAAUAAGAGUAUGCACUAACAUGUUUUCUUUUUAGUUUUGUAAUUCUUAAGGUCAUAUUUAUUGUUUUGAAGUUUCAAGCAUUUUACCAAUGUUUUGAGUGCAAUAAAGUGAGCUCUUUUAAUGGC